GAGUUUUCUCUCUCUAAAAUUGAUUCCUCUUUCUCUCGCUCUUUAGCUAACGUUUCGAGUUCAAGCUAUUUAUCGAUUCCAAUAAUGUCUUCCGCCGCUGAUCCUGUUGCCUCCUCCGAUGCUCCCGCCACCGUGGCUGCGGUGGCGCAGCCAGUGGAGAACGAUUCGAAGUCGAAGAAAGCUGCGGCUUCUAAAGCUUCGAAGGCUAAGAAACCAUCUGGUGCGAAGAGGACCAGAUCUUCGCCGACUCAUCCUCCUUUCUUUGAGAUGAUUAGUGAAGCGAUUGUGUCGCUGAAGGAGAGGACCGGCUCGAGUCAGUACGCCAUUACGAAAUUCAGCGAAGAGAAGCACAAAAAAUUGCCGUCCAAUUUCAGGAAGCUCUUGCUCGUUCAUCUGAAGAAGCUAGUCGCCGCUGAUAAACUCGUUAAGGUCAAGAACUCCUACAAACUUCCAUCAGCGCGCUCGAAAGCAGCAGCAGCGCCAGUUGUCGCCAAGAAGCCAGCGAGCUCUAAACUCAAGGCGGCUGUGAGCGUAAAGAAGGCCGCCGUCGCUAAACCGAAGGCUAAAACUGCUGUGAAACCUAAGCCAAAGGCCGUUGCGAAGCCAAAGUCAGCCGCUAAAUCGAAGGUCGUCGCGAAACCAAAGGCCGUCGCUCCAGCCAAGCGUAAGGCGGCAGAAAAGGUUAAGAAGGUCGCUCCGAAGCCUAAGCCAGCUGCAAAGCCCGCUAAAGUUGCGAAAACACUGUCACGAACUUCGCCAGGAAAGAAAGCUGCACCGGCGGCGAAGGCGAAGAAGGUAGCGGCGAAGAAGCCAAAGACUGUAAAGUCUCCGGCGAGGAAAGUCCAGGCAAGGAAAGUCAAGAAAUGAAUUGUUAGGGUUUUUGAUUAAAUUCUAGGGUUUGUUUGUUACUUACUACUAGUUCGUAGCGAUGUAAAUUAGGAACAUGAGAUGCAAUCGUUGCUAUACACUAUUUUUAUUGAAAUUUCCAGUUUGAUAAAUUCAAGGGUUUAUCAAAUCAAUCUUCCGAUCUGUUCUCCAAA